CUGACAGCAGCCAGGGUAGGUCUCCACGAUGGGACUACAAGUACUAAACUUGGGAAUUCUCUCCAUUGCGCUGAUUAUCACAGUUGCGGAAUGUGUUCAGUUCUAUGAUGCACAUAUAGAGUUCACUGACGAGGCUGGCAAUCUGCUACAUGAUAAUGUACAUGCGUUCCAUGAACAGCAUAAACGAGAUCUGGAAUCAGGUAGCCUCAACCAGAAAGUACCGGUGUUCCUGACAAUUCGGUCUGCUUCCGAGACUCAUAAGAUGGCUCUAAGACGUCGCAGUGCAGGGCAAUCAACAAAAGUGAUAUACACGGCGGACAAUGACACCGAAUCCGUACAAUUUACACUUGAUACCGAAGCCUAUUGCGUUGUUCUGGAAGGAUCUUCCAUAUCUGCAACAGAUAAAGGCACAGCUACUGGCACAGUAAGCAUGUCUACAUGCGGAGGAAAGACAAUCGCAAUCAUAAAAUUCACCGAUGGUACAGCACGUGCAAUUGAACCAUCAUCAGUGACAGGAGAGCCCUCAAUCAACAAGCGAGGAUUGGACAAUUCCUAUCACGUGAUAUACCAGAUUGACAUAGCCAAACAUGAGAAGUUGGUGGUUAGGCCUAAACGAGAUGCAGACAAAGACAAAGUUCUACAAGAUUCACAAGAUCAACUUGUUACGAGCAAAGAAGCCAAAACCUGCAAGGUCUCUAGGAAAGGCAAGGAAUAUUCAGGUACACUGAGUGAGACAGCAGAUGGUUAUACAUGCCAGAGAUGGGACAGCAAAGAAACCUGGAGUCAUGAUAUCGGCAGUUCACAUAAUAAUGAUUUUCCAAAUAAUGAAACCCUUUCCGAAGCAUCCAAUUACUGUCGCAAUCCUGAUGGGGAAUCGGGUGGGCCAUGGUGUUAUACUACUAGUAAAGAACGUCGAUGGAGUUACUGCGCUGUACCAACGUGUGCAGAUGAUUUUGCGGGUCUUCGAAACAUGAGAGAAGAUGCCUGUUUGAAAGAGGGGGGUCAUUACUUCGAAGAGCAUUGUUAUUGGAUAAAAUCCUCUGAAACGUAUGGUAGUCAUGUUGCUGCAGAAGAUGCAUGCGAAGAUUUAGGAGCAAGAUUGGUCAGCAUCGAUUCCCAGAAUGAGACUAUAUUUAUUGAACAACUGUUGAAAAACAAGGGUACUCCUAGUGAUGAAUGGAUGACUAGUGGGACUGAGAUAGGACAGGAUAUUCCCAGAAGAUGGGGCUGGGAUCUAGGGGCCUGGAACAAGCCUGCAAGACUUGGUGCGAUGGCUGGGGAUAUGAGCGAUACAUCUAAACGUUGUCUGAGUUUGAUCAUAUCAAAUGGACAACUUAUGUUCAAUGCAGUACCAUGUAACGAUUCUAGCAACACAUUCAAACUUCUUUGUGAAGCAGGCGCUGAAUCAAUGGAAGACAGACCAGUGAAUUUUGAAACUGCAGUUUUUCUUGCAAGCCGGAGCACAGAAGUGAUAAGAGCAAAGUACAACAAUGACCUCUCACUUAUGACAAGCUACAUCCUUGUACUAUAUAACUCGAUUGGGGCGAGAUGGAGAGACCCCAAGAUGGUGCAUCCUGCUAAAGUGACAGUUACAAGAGUAGAGUUUUUCCAGACCACCCCGCCAGAGUUUCUUCGUGACGUUACGGAUAGGUAUAACUACACCUGGCAGUGUAUGGAUUUUGGAACUUCAAGAUGGAUGCGAAAGCAUCCAGACAGGAAAACGUGGGACAUCGGGGCAUUUCAUGACACUGUGAUAUGCGGGGCCUUGGGUUGGGCUUGGUCUGGUGGUUUGUGUGGUCUAGGAGCUUCAAGCUAUAUCUGUGUCCUUAAGGGAUUCUUCGAGCACUAUCAGGAGGUUCGUCAUGAAUUUGGACAUCUGUUGCGUUUUGGUCAUAACAGUGGAUACAAAGAUAAAGAUUGUCACGACGAUAGGGGUUUAAACGCAUUGUUAUCUAGAUGCCAGGCUAAGGAAUUUGAACAAAAAAUGAGAGGCCUUGGCCCUGGUGCGUGUGUCUACGAUGAUGUGUAUGAAUACUACCAAGAACCUUUGAUGUUAGACGAUACUGAUAUGGAAGGACAACGGUGGGACAUGGAUAAACAAUGUGAGCUUCACCUCGGUAAAGGCUGGUCAUUCUUUCAAGACGAAGGGGAUCGCAAAUUCGUAUAUGGAACGAGAAAGAAUAUAUGUUCAUCUCGAACUCAACACUGUAUCAACCUAUCGACCUACGAAAUUAAGAAAGUGGAAAAUAUGCUGACUCUUCAAGGAACUUGGUGUGGAGGAAAAAAGUGGUGCAGAGGUGGUGUUGGUUGCAUCGCCUGGGAUAAGGACCCAAGCCAUAUCGCUUCUAACCUUGGACAUCCUAUGGUAGUCCCUGGAAGUUGGGGAUCAUGGGGCCCAUGGAGUGGCUGUUCACAUACAUGUGGUGGCGGAAUCAUGAAGCGAUUGAGAAAAUGCGAUUCGCCAAAACCAAAGAACACUAAAUGUGAUGGGGAUUACUUUGAAGCCAAACUUUGUCAAACAGCGGAUUGCCAAAAUGGACCAACAACAGUUGACGAAUUGGAACAACACGUCGUAGAUAUAGGGACGAAAAUAUGCAAUAAAUACCCUACAGAUUUAAAAGGAAACACCAUAUUUGCCGAGUAUUUGUGGGCUGGAUUCGGUGGGAAACGAACCAAAUUUAAUGACGGACAUCGUGAAGGUGGUUGUUUGCCUGGAGUAAAUGGCCUUGCUUAUACUGGGAAUAAAAGCAGGACAUGGGGAAAUGAAGAAUGUGCUCGAUGGGACAGUUUUGAUAACUGGAAAAAUCAAGAUUGGCGUUUUCCUUACGAUGCAAAUGUCUCAGCAGCCGAGAACCACUGCAGAAAUCCCCUUGGACGUGGGAGUCUAUGGGGACUUGCGAGGUGUUUAAACAAGAAAGAAAAAUUAAUACCAUGCUGGAUACCACAAUGUGGGGGAGAUGAGCUUUGUGACGUAAACUGUAACACCAAUUACCGUCGGCGUUGGAGAGCUGCCUUAUUCCCCGAUGGAACCCCGUGUGGUUUCAAUAAAGAGAAAGGAAUCAAAUCAGUGUGUGUGGAAGGACUUUGCCGCAAAUUGACAGUAAUAUAAUGACAAAACUGGAUUAAUGAAAAUGCCUUGUAAAGCAUA